CCUUCCCUUAUUCUUCCCCAAACCCUAGACCUUCGUGCUAGCUAUAUCCGCUGUCCGCCGUGCAGUCCAGCUAUACUACACAAGAAAAGACUACACAAGUCUCGAUGCACCGACUACUAGGUAUGAUGAUUGAUGUGAAACGAUGCGCCGGGGGCCACGCACGCGUUGGUCCACGGCACGAACAAACAUGAACAGUCGAUCGUGAUGAAAAAACGAGCUACAGACACUCAAAUGGACGAACGAUGCUCCUGAGAAACCCACGUGAAUGCAAUGGACAGACAUGCAGACUGACAGACAGACAGCCAACCAGCACGGUGGAUACAUCCAGGCCAAUCAACACACACUAUCUCCACACGGCUACCCACAGGGGGGCACCCUCAGAAAAAGAGAGGCUCCCCAGGCACGAACAUCCCAGCCCCAUCACCCCAACGCCCCCAUCUGAUACAGCCAGUGCCACCGGCCCUUCCUGCUGGGCCGCCGCAUACACCCACACACCGAACGAGCCAGGCAAACUGACUAGGUACUCCUCUAUCAUCUAUCUACAAUCACACACGCGUGCGCACUCUAUGCCGCACUCUGAGAUGCAUCAGCUUCAGGGUGGCCGCCCAUGAUGCUGAACUGUGCUUUCAGCUCUCUCGCAUCAUCUGGCCCAAACUGGUCAUACGACAGUGCUCGCUCCUGCCAAAACUCAACCUGGCCGCGGAUGCGCUCGUCGCCGUUGUCGUUGAUCUCAAGCCAUAGAUACCCGCUGACGCUGAAGUCCUGCCACGCCCGAGGUGCAGCAGAGAGAUAUGCAUACGAGGCGCGUCAGCUUUUCUCGCUUCUCACCUCAUGGUCGUCUAGAACGGUCUUGCCAUCGAGCUCAAACUUGAUGGCCUUCCUUGAGUUGCUGUACGCCACCUUACAGUGGAAGCCGUGACUCAGCCUGCGAUUGAAUCCCUCAGCCCCGGUCCACUUGAACUCGACCUUCUUGCCACUCUCACCUGCGUGACCCAACACAGAAAGGCACCCAGAGCGAAACAGACAGGUCAUGGAUGGUCUCUGUUCGUCGGCUCACUGGGCAUAUCGACAGCAAGCGUUGUGCCUGCAGGGCCUUCCUUCGGGAACCGCAUGUUAGUCCCCACGUCAUACAGGCCGCUCACCUGGCGGAGAGACGACAGCCAAAGUGCAUCUUCUGGUCGCCCUCUCUUCAGUGAGUGCCAUCAGAGAUGCAUCGCACUUACGAGGUCAGGAUCCAGCUCCUCCAGCUCUUCGUCGUCUUCUACCGUCCACCUGGCUGUUCUGAGCUGAAAGAUCCAGCGCUGCCCUCCCCUCCUGGCACCCACCAGCUCCUUCGUCUUGUCCGCGCUCUUCGACCAAGAACUCAUCGCUGUACGGUAAAAUCAAGUCAACCGACUCAGACCUGACUGCCAGACCUGACUGCGAGGUGUGUCGUCGCCAUCGGGCAAUCGGUCGAUUCC